UGUGGGAGUACUUUCACACAUAGCUCAGGACACACUCUUCUGAAACAGCUGGACCUCUGUUUCCUCACGGUCGAUGAUGCACUGCCAGAUCUUUUUGUGUGCCCUGCUCUUUUUGGCUGGUUUAGACAACUCCUUUCAGAGGAAAUCUAAAAAACCUCCUCAGACUCUUUCUAGAGGAUGGGGUGAUGAAAUUACCUGGGUACAAACCUAUGAAGAAGGGUUGACGAAAAUGAAAGAAAGCCAGAAGCCCCUCAUGGUCAUUCAUCACCUGGAGGAUUGUCCCCACUGUCAAGCUCUUAAAAAGGUGUUUGCUGCUAAUGAAAACAUCCAAAAAAUGGCCCAGGAGGAUUUCAUCAUGCUGAACCUGCUGCAUGAAACAGUGGACAAGAACCUGUCCCCAGAUGGCCUCUAUGUGCCCAGAAUUCUCUUUGUCGAUCCAUCCAUGACGGUGCGUGCUGACAUCGCCGGCAAGUACAGUAACCAUCUGUACACAUAUGAGCCUGAUGACGUUGAAAUCUUGGAGGAAAACAUGAAGAAAGCCAAGGUUCUUCUCCACACAGACCUGUGACCUACAGCGUUCAACAUCCCCAUUCCUCCACCAGUAAUCUGUACAAAAAGUACAGAGACAAAAUGAGCAUGUGGCCAUGGUAAUCAACAGCUG